UCUCCCACCUACGAGAGCAGACCUCAGUAUCUCACGCUUUCGAGAACUUACUUUUCUCGCAUUAAAGCAACAGGAGUGUCAACGUUAGUCACUACUGCUGUUGAACUCAUAGUGCUGCGAUGAUGCAGCUCGUGACAAACUACAGCGGCCACGGUGUUCACAGAUGGCCCAUCCAUUACACGCCGUUAAAGAAACUGCAAUCCUUGCUGUUUUCUACGAAAGAGCAGCCUGACGAACGCGCUCACGAACAUGAGAAAGAAUAGCACUGUAGAAAGAGCAUGGUCUGGCCGCUGGCGCUACAUCAUGUCUCUCGGCUCCUUAAGUGUCCCAGGUCAUACAUCCGAGUGAUAAACAACUUUAUGACUUAUGUCUGGUGGCAUCCACCACAACAUUCGGUAACACUACAUACCAGCAGAUUCCUGGCCUGCUCACAGGUGGUACCAAACCCGUGGCAGUGGGGACGCCCGCAACGCCUGUGGCCGCCGCACCAUACACGUCGAUGAAAUCCGUAAAAGCAGUCUGAUCCCCUCGAACUGCAGUGACUUGACUCUGACAAAACCGGUGAAUUACUCGGACGAGGCGUAGAGGCGCUCUUUCCUCCCGUACUUUCGGCCUCCCGUACCAUUCCGAGGGUGGCUUCGACGUCAGAGUUUGGCAAACGUACAUGAACGGUGGUUCGUUGUUUUCUAUGGAAAGCCUUUAAAGCAGCAGAGGCCCGUAUAAUUCUCGGACAGAAUGCAGAUAGAAUGGUCGCAUGUUCUUGUGCAUACCACCGCAGCAGGGCCAGCGCCGACUGCAUCCUGUCAACGCCAGCAUGCAGGUUUGCGGAUGUACCUUUGAGUAAACACGAAUGAAUGCAAAGCAGAGAACUGGGGUAAACCGUCAGCGACGAGAAGCACCACGGUGUCUCUACUUGUCCCUAGCGUCGCUGAUCUAAAUUAAACCUUCUGCAGCCGCUUUUGUAUUGGUUGGAGAUUGAGGAGAAGCGGAAGCCUGUUGCCAAUGUCUUUAAUAAAUGACAAGCCACUUGAGCAGCACGCGGCAUGGCAGAGAGUCGUGAGAAUCUUCAGACAAGAGGACUUCGUGGUGUUCCAUAUCUGAGCGCCGGUUUUCAUAAGCAACAACACUUCCAGUGUGAUACCCCGUCCACACAGUCACGAAAAAUCCCCGCUGCCAACACCGCUGGCGGGCUGGCAAACAUGUUUUGUAUUGAGGGAAGACGGCUCUCAGCGUUGGCCACUGUUGAGAGGUAUCUCGGCCAAGCGAACUGCAGUUGUAUGGCGCUUACGGAGUAAAGCACUUUUUCGGAGACAAUGUCGAUGCUAAGGCACGCGGCACUUGCGAGUGACAUCUUGGAGUUAAGGUUCCGCACCAUGUAUCCUCUCGAGGGUCAGUUGUGUGCAGCGGGCAACCCCCGGUUUGCGACGAGUUCCCCUCAUCACGCAGGGAGGCCGGCGCUUGCGCUUCAGAACGGCCACUGGACGCGGGACAGGCAGAUAUGUGGGCCAUGCAAUUUCUGUUUCCUGGGCGGAAUUCAUGUUGGUCGUUGUUUGGAACAUUUUUUUUCAGCUGCCGUGGAGGCCCUUGGCGCAAAAACUCUUCCGCAUUUUUUUCGGCUGGGGCGAGGUUGUGGAGAUUUCUUGGCACCAACUGUUUCUUCUCUCCGUUUCUGCUUUCCCACGGCAGUUCGAGAGAUUUGUCGCAGGCCUCUCCUGUACAUAUAAUCCUGCGGCAUUAAGAAACACGCGUCGGUGACGUGUACAUAGUUGUGACAGAGUGUCUGUUUCCCGUUUCGUACAAGUAGCAUUGUGGUUUCCGCGCGUCCUCUGCGUCUCUCUGUCAACCGCAAACGAGCGCUUUCCUUUUUGUCUAUCCCAGGCCAGGUAUUUGCAGGCAAUCGUCACCACCUCGCAACCCUGUUUAACGAUUUUGCUUCCUGCUGUGAGGACAGGGAGCCUGACUCCAGCCUGUUUAACGGUUCCGCACUCGAUUCGAAGUCCCUCAGUUCAGCGCCAAAAUGUACUCCGGCUACGGUUCAUCCAGCGGGGGGGGAUACAGCGGGGGAAGCAACAGCUCGUACGGGUAUGGUGGCAGCUACGGAGGCUCUUCUUAUGGAGGGGAUAGCUACGGAGGAGGCGGAUAUGGAGGAAGUUCUUACGGGGGAGGCAUGUAUGGCGGGGGCCGGCCUGGCGGCGGCAUGGGCAUGGGUGGCUACGGAGCCGACGCACUGGGAUCAAAACUCCAGCGGGUAGAUUGGAAGACCAUUGACCUCGUUCCCUUCGAGAAGAACUUCUACGUGGAGCACCCCGCUGUUGCAAACAUGUCUGCGGAGGAGGCCGAAAGGAUUCGCCGGGCCAACGAAAUCACGAUCGUCCACGGUCACAACGUCCCCAAGCCGGUCCCGACUUUCGAGUACACCUCCUUCCCUUCGUACAUCUUGGAUGUUAUCAACCAGACGGGUUUCCAGAAGCCCACAGCAAUUCAGGUUCAAGGGUGGCCUAUUGCCCUUUCCGGGAGAGACAUGAUCGGUAUCGCCGAAACAGGCAGUGGAAAGACUUUGGCCUUCUUGCUUCCCGCAAUUGUCCACAUCAAUGCACAACCAUACCUUAACAAGGGUGACGGCCCGAUUGUCUUGAUUCUGGCACCGACCCGCGAGCUCGUCGAGCAGAUUCGGGCGCAGUGCCGCACCUUCGCAGCGUCUUCAAAAAUCCACCACGCAGUUGCUUAUGGAGGAGUUCCCAAACGCCCUCAAAUCAUGGAGCUCGAAAGAGGAGCGGAAAUUUGCGUCGCCUGCCCAGGUCGACUCAUCGACUUCCUCGAGUCGCGGGUGACCAACCUCCGACGUGUGACGUAUCUGGUCAUGGAUGAGGCUGACCGCAUGCUGGAUAUGGGUUUCGAGCCACAGAUCAGGAAGAUUGUCUCACAGAUUCGUCCCGAUCGGCAAACGCUUAUGUGGUCGGCGACGUGGCCUAAAGAGGUUCAGAACCUGGCGCGGGAUCUGUGCAAGGAAGAGCCCGUCCACAUCAAUGUCGGCAGCCUUGACCUUCAAGCGUGCCAGAACAUCAAGCAAGAGGUCAUGGUUGUUCAGGAGUACGAGAAGCGCGGCCAGCUGAUGAGCCUUCUCCGAAGAAUCAUGGAUGGCUCCAAGAUCCUUAUCUUCGCGGAAACCAAGAGAGGCGCAGACAACCUGACGCGGGACAUGCGCGUGGAGGGCUGGCCGGCGUUAUCUCUGCACGGCGACAAGAAGCAAGAGGAGCGAACGUGGGUUUUGGACGAAUUCAAGAACGGCCGCAACCCGAUCAUGGUGGCGACGGACGUUGCGUCGCGUGGCCUAGACGUGAAGGACAUCCGCCACGUCAUCAACUACGACAUGCCGAACCAAAUCGAAGACUACAUCCACCGCAUUGGCCGCACUGGUCGUGCGGGCGCGAAGGGCUGCGCAUACACUUUCUUUACUCCGGACAAGCCCCGUUUGGCUCGCGAGCUGGUCCGUGUCUUGCGUGGAGCGAACCAGCCGGUUCCGCCUGAGCUAGAGUCUCUGGGGAUGUACUCUUCGUCGAGUUCCGGCCGGAGGUGGGGCGGCGGCGGUCGCGGUGGUCGCGGCGGCAUGCGCAGCGGAGGAUUCGGUGGCGGCCCGAACGCCCUUCCACUUGGUUCAAGACCCUACUAGGCACUGAUUGGAAGGAGUUCCCGUGAAAUAUGUUGGCGAGGCAGACAGCCAGGAACCGUACCGAGGUGUUUCGCGCUGUCGUGCUGCUGCGCCGUCGAGGUCUGGCAGAGCCGAGUAUGCGAAAGAACGCGUCACUUCUAGUGCCCCGGUGAAGAAUGUGCGUCGCGGGGCGGCCGAGAUUCAGUGCCUAGGAAGUGACUCGUAGACAAGAACGGAGCAUCCUGAAUGUCGGGCGUUUUUGUUUCUAUGUGCAAGGAUUCGCACGGAAAAGUUGUCAGUUUUGCUAGUUUUGCCUUCUUGCCCGUCGGCGAGGUGCAUUUCUCUGCGGGUCACCGCCGUGCCGUCCAAAGAGGGGGAAGAAGCGCUCUGAUAGCGUUUCAAGUUCAGGGUGCCCGACUUGUCAAAGUCCUUGACAUUUAGACUAAACAUGUGCCCGGCGAGUGUGUACAUGCACUGUGGCAAUCAUUUCGUGAACUGAGACGGAGACCCGCUCCACGGUACGUCUCGCGGGUCAAGGGAAAACCGGCGCCCCUGCGUAGGCGCUACCUCUUUUUUGGCAUUUUUGCUUCCGACACUUAGGAGGAGUCGUUUUUUCCUUAUUCUGCGUAAACAAUUGAAACAAGAGAAAACCUGCCUCCCGAGGCGGCCGCGCUACGGCCGGCGGAACGAGAGACGUGCUUGGAGUCGACACGUCUAUCAUUCCGCUGGGAAAACGGGGAACGCUUGAGAGCGGAGAACUGUACAAAAUCGAAGUCACUGUAGAGACUGGCGCUUUAUGCGCCGCGGCAGUGUGGCGUGGUCUAUGGCAUGGAACAGAGUAGUCAACAAAUUUCGUUCUUGUGGUAAUAUAGCCCCCGUUAGUUGACGCGCAGUGCGGACUCGGACAGACAGUACGACGGUUUUUACGGUCGCAACGAAGUUGAUGCC